UUCUCUCACGUUUCUUAUAAAACUAAAUGCCGCUCCAAGAGAGCACGCUUUAAGAAUCUUCUUCGUUUUUUUCUUUCCUCUUUCUCUUUAUAGAUAAGCUGAGAAACCCCAGCUCAUCCUUCAAUUCCCAGAUGGGUUUUAUGAAUGUUCUCAAAUUCUCAGCUGCAUGCUUUGAUCUUCUUGUUGGCUGGCCUCUCUUUGCACUGGGUUAUCCUCUAUGUGCUUCAAUUUGGGUAAUUGAGACUAAGUCAAUCUCAGACAUUCGGAAGUUGGUGACAUAUUGGGUUCUAUUUUCCUUGAUUACACUCUUUGAAGAUGCUUUUUCCAAUCUCCUCGAAUGUUCAACCAGGCUUGUCCAUGGAUCCACAAGUUGUCAUGAAUCGGCGCUUCAAUGAAUCAAAAAAGUUGUAUCAUAGCAGAGAAAACUUUCUUGUUGCAGCAGACCGAUAUAUUAAAGAAAAUGGA